CAAAAUGGACAGCGCGAAAAAUAAACAGACCAGAAGAGAAAGCAGAAAAAGACGAAGUUCGUCGAAUAAUCUGGACAAUGCUGUUCUUUAUUUCAAAAAUGUGAAAGAGCGUGUCAAGGUUAAAAACAACAUCAAUCUGCAGACAGCUCUGGAGCUUUUGGAGGAGACGUCUAAGACCAAGGGACUGCCUGCUGAGUACAUCACAGACCUGGUAGACGCUGCAGCCAACACCAAUAUCCCGGACUCUGUAGGUGCGCGACUGAUUCGUGCGCUGACUCCCUCCACAGUGGUACCAGAACAGGCGGUGAUAAAUGCCAUCUCACACAUGUGUACAAAUAAACCCUCCAUCAGGAUACAGACAUUUUUCCUGCGAUGGAUUUUGGUUGUGUAUGACUACAUAGACAAGAAAGAGAACCUGCACAAGCUGUAUGGUAUAAUAUUCUACUUCCUGGAAAACCAGACCAUGAUGCCAUAUGUGUGUCACCUACUCUACCUGUUGACUCAGAAGGAAGAUGUACGAUUGUUUCGUGUCCGCCGUCUCCUCAUGAUACAGAACAAGAUGGGGGCACAGCCAUACCUGACAGGACUCCUGGCGAUAUACCAGCUCUACUACCCACACAUGAUGUCUGUAGUGAUGCCCAAGAGGUCAAGGCUGUUCUUCCCCUCACGAGACAAACAGUGGGAGAUGUUGAUACGAAAGGUCCAAGAGAACAAUGAACCGACCAAUUGUGAAUCCACUCUGGCUCUCAGUCACCUCAAGUCUAUAGAGAACAGCAGACAGACGCCUAGAACCAAACGACGGAAAACAGACCCAGUACCCACAAUCCACUCCGACACCACCAGAGAAACCAACACACCAAAGGAGGAGAUCCUCACUGCAUUAGAAAACAACAAGGUGCCCUUUGUACAGAUCACUGACUUUAAGUGUAUUCUGGAAAACGUUGAGCGAAUUGAGUUCCCCAGUCAGAUAGGAUCAGUACUGCGGAGUCAACUUGGCCAACAUAUGAUGUCUUACACCCGUGACCAGACCGCCACCACGCGAUUCUCCUACUGGUUACAAGCCACACUGACAGAUGAGAUACUUGACAACAGCUGGAAUGCUGUCGACACAGAGAUCACCAAAGCCUUACUCGUCAAACUGAUAGAUUUCACAGACUUCCUCCAAGAAGGCCUCCCUGCAGUGGAUCACUUCCUGUCCAGGUUUCUCAGUACAUGGAAUGGUUUGGACUUCCGAUCAGAAAUCCUACAGCUGGUAGCCAGGUGUCGGAUUUGUACAUUUGGAGAAUUGAAUGAUAAUAUACUUGAACCUUUGAGAAAGCUGUUCUGCUGUUCAUCUGUGUAUUUUAAGUGCCAAGUUGUUCAUUGUCUAACCCUGCUCGUGAGGAACUUUGCGGCCAAUGAAUGGCCUAGAUACAUGGAAUGGGUGCAAAAAAAGCAAGAACAUGCCAAGUCUGGAAAGGCAGGAGAACCAUCCUGUCACUACACACUGUUCCAGGAGGACCGUGAGGAGUGUGACCCCCAGGGAACCAUCACGGACCUGAUGGAUUACAUUAGUCAGCUGUGUAUCACUGGCCUUAGGCUAGAGGCCAAUCACAAUCUCCUCCUCUUCUGUGCUCUCAGCUUCUUUGAGGAGGUGUCGUGCCUGGAGACGAACUACCGUGUGCCGUUUGUCCAUCUCAGCCCCCUCCUGUCUUCAGCCUUCGUAGUGCCCUUCACCUGUUUAAACGGCAUGGGAAUAUCCAGUGUUUGCUCCACAUUAUGCAACUACAAGAGAGCCGUGGCAUCAGUGAAGGAACGGCGGUUCACUGGUGAGCUGUUCGAGACGGACACCAUCUGUAGUGUUUCCCAGUUGAAUGCCCUCAUCCUGGAUGCAGGUGAUGCCCUGUGGAAGGGGAAUCUGGCCAACAAGAACGAGAGCAGCAAGUUCUUUAACUUUGACCCCAGGGAGAUCCACCCGUCACUACCGGUGGUGGAGAACAGAUUUGUGUUGUACAUGCACCCCGGCUUGAUGGGUUUCACUCUUCGCUUUCUGACACAGACUCAAUCAGAGGACAAUCUCGGCCAUCCCAGGGGAAUCAAGCUGGUCAAGAGGGUAUACCUGGAGUACCUAGACCGAGAAAAUCUGUACGGACCAAAGGACUUCGUCACCACCUUCAUCACUCCCAAACGUCUGUCAUCAAACAUCACCCAGCAACCAAGCAUGGUCCACAGCGUCACCAUAGGUACCAAGGCUAACGCAGACGGUGUGGCGGUCAACUGACCAAAGGACUUCGUCACCACCUUCAUCACUCCCAAACGUCUGUCAUCAAACAUCACCCAGCAACCAAGCAUGGUCCACAGCGUCACCAUAGGUAC